UCUACAGCCACUCCAAAUGAAAAAAAAACUCAGUGCGCGGAACACAAUCAAAUGGGUUAUGUCACUAAUUAGUUAAGUAGCAUGUAAUAAAAUUGUAAUUAAAAAAAAAAGGUAAUUAUAAAGAGAAUACCAAAGUGACAAUGUACACAUUCGAUGCGCAGCAUAUCUUUGGAAAAAUAUUUAGCCGUUGUACAGCUAUAACAUUGCCAAAAAUUAAUUUAUCGCGGUCUCAAAAGAUACUGAUAAUAUGCUUGACGGGAGGGACGCUGCUGCUAGGAAGCCUAGCUAAAUAUUUGAAACGGCGGCGGCGACCGCCUUACCCUCAUAUUCGCCGGCCGACUAUUCGACCGCGAUUUAUAAACUCCAAAGGAUCUAAUUUCGAUGCUGUUUCUCAAGUGUCAUGGGCUAAAAGAAGUGAAGCUAGUACGAGAAGUCAUAUAAGCGAUCGGGCAUCUCUUGUUUCGUCGAUUCCAGGAGGUCCGGAGGGUGAUGUUAAAUUAACUCCACAACAGUAUGGCGUUCUUGGAUUGGAAGCGCUGGAGAAGGCUCUAUAUUGUUGGGAGGACGCUCUCACGGCAUUUAGUUGCACCCUUGGAAAUAAUGCGCUUGCAUUGCCUUCAAAAGCCGACGCGGCUUUUACACACGAUGUCCAGGAACUUCUCGAUCUGGGAUACCAAAUGCAGAGCACCGCUGAGCUACUGUUCAUUGACCAGCACUCGGUACUCUUUUGCAACGAAGAUGAAGGAAGUGAAGCGAGUAACCGGCGUGCGUCAACCGCACGUUCAUAUGGACGGGAAAAAGAUAAAGCGGAAGCCGCAUCGUCUCCAGAGUCCUUUGCGUCUGCUAAAGAUGGGGUAGCGGACCUCAGAGAAUUCGAGGAGUUCUUCGAAUUUUUCCCACACUUAGAGCAACAAAAAUUGUAUCACGCCGCGUUGAAGGAGCACGAGGACAAAGGCAUUCAGUGCAGGCGGCUUCACACGGAGUUAGUCAAGUGCGGCUCGGAUGUCGAGUACGUGGCUAAGGUUCACUGUUUACGUCAGGCAUACUCCAGACUCUUUACUUUGCCUGGAGCCGCGACCUGGAUUGCAGACAUUGGCCGUCAGGUCAUCAGCGACUUGAUUGUCUACGCCGAUAGGGAUCCUGAAGAGUAUUUAGUACACUAUGAGAAUAUGCUUGAAUUUUUGGGCGACCCAAGCAAUCACAAAAUCAUGCAUGAAGAAUUAAAUGCUCGAGGUGUCAAAUGUAUCAAUUUUUACGACAUUGUAAUUGACUUUAUUCUUUUGGACUCUUUUGAUGAAGUCGACAAACCACCGUCUUCUAUCAAGGCUAUUUUACAAAACCGAUGGAUUUCUGCAAGCUUCAGAAAAACCGCGGUGGGUACUGCAGUGUGGUCAAUUUUGGCCAGCAAGCGCCAGAUGUUGAAAUACAACAAAGGAUUCCUAACACAUUUCUACUUUAUAUCGGAGCAAGUGUCUCCCGUGCUGGUUUGGGGCUUCUUAGGGCCAGAAGGUUCUCUACGCUCAACAUGUCAGUACUUCAGAGAUCAAGUUGUCGAGUUUCUCGUGGAUAUUUUUAAUUUUUUCAAAGUACGCUACACAAAUAUUGACGAUCUGGCAGAAGAUAUAUGGCGGGAGAUGCGAAUACGAGUGGAGAAUAUUAAUCAAAGACUAGCACUUGAAGGUUGUUGAUCAAUGAAUAUUAUUAUUUUGAAGAUUUAUAAAUAGUCUAUCUAUGAGGAAUCUCACAAGUAGGAUUUGUAAUUUAAUAUUAAUAACGCAGUACUGCCAUUUGGUAUCCGUAUUUUACGAGAGAUUUAUAGGAUAGUAUAUUAUUAAUUUAUAUUUAAUUGCGCAGCUGUAAAUGUUUCAAUAAUUUUUAUUUAUUUGACACUCACUUUACUACUUUUAUUAAGUACAAGAUUUUAUGUGCUCAGUAAUUUAAGCAUUUAUCUUCGGUAUUAUACACAAAUGUUUACAAAUUUGUAUAUAUCCAUGUACAGUUUAGGAAAUUAUUUUUCGUUUUUAUAAAUAUAUAUCACAAGGUGUAUAUAACAAUUA